UGUAUGGGAUCAAAACCGCACCUGCCAUAUGUUUCAUUUAUGUGCGCGCCUUCCUCUCGUUUCAGUUAGCUGAUAGGCGCCCUCGUCUCUUCUCGAGAAACCCUGGAUUCACCCUGUGCGUUCUUCUAUUUCUAAUAAUUGGCCAUCGUUGAAGUGUGAGAGUCUGAUCACUUUAUUAUUACUUUGGGUGGGAUAACAGAAGUUGUCAAGUCCCGCUUAACAGCAGACCUCGGUGAACACAGAUGUGAGAUAGACAAUCACCUCUGUCACUAGCCGGGCGCAAUUUAAACAUCUAAUGGUCGACCACAGCCUACAAAUCUUUACUUUAAGCAUCAACAAGCUCAUCAUAUUCGAGACAUAAGUCAAAAGGCAAGAGUAUUUAGAGCUUUUUUCAACAGAAGACAAGAGCGCUUUGUAAUUCUGUCGCAUGGAGUGUUGCGAGAAAUUGUCGCAAUGAGACUCCUACUUGUAGUCGCCGGGCUCCUCUCUACGAUAACCAUCAGCUAUGGAUACAAGAAACCUGUGUAUGAUGACGAUGAGGAAAGAUUGCUCCGUGAUCUUCUCACGACAUACGACAAGAAGCUACGGCCUGUGAUUCACAAGAACGAGACCGUCAAGACGAUCUUUGCCCUCACACUAAACCAAAUCAUCGAUGUUAUAGAGAAAUACGAGUUGCUAAAGCUAAGUCUGUACGUAAGACAGAUUUGGAAGAAUCCCUUGUUAUCAUGGAACGCCUCCGAGUAUGGUGGAAUAAGCCAAGUGAACCUCGAGCCUGACCAGUUAUGGAAACCCGAUAUCUACCUCUACAAUAACGCCGAUAGUAGCGCAGACGGAUCAUUAUACGGAUUCAAGGCAAAGAUCAAAGUCUCCCACACCGGACUUAACAUGUGGCUCGCCCCCACCAUUCUUACGACAUCCUGUAAGAUAAACGUCAAGUAUUUCCCUUUCGACCAGCAGUCGUGUACCCUGAAGUUCGGUUCCUGGACCUACGAUGCCGGUUCCGUGGAUAUCGACACUAGUCCUACGGCUAGUAUUAAAGGCUACCAGCAGAACGGAGAGUGGGACUUCAUCUCUUUUCCUUGCAAGCGGAACGCGCAGUUUUACGAUUGCUGCCCGCAUCCCUUCACUGAUGUCACAUGCACUUUGAAUAUUCGUCGACGUACGCUGUACUACUGGAUUAACCUUAUAGUACCCUGUCUGCUUAUAACGGUUCUUUCUUUGCUGUCUUUCAUCGUGACCACGGAGUCUGGUGAGCGCAUCUCCCUCGUCAUUACUAACCUGCUGGCGCUGACCGUCUUUAUGCUGAUCGUAGCUGAUAUUCUCCCUCCUACCUCAGAAGUUGUACCUCUUAUCAGCGUCUUUAUUACUUCGUCUAUCGUUCAGGUUGGAUUGUCCCUGGUCGCCACAUGUUUUGUGCUGCAGUGUUACCACACGAAUCCCGACAUCAACGAGAUGCCUUUCUGGAUGCGUCAUUUCGUCUGCAACAGGCUUGGCCCAUUUCUUCGAGUCACGCAUGUGAAAUAUCAAAGAGCCAAAGAAGAAUCUGGCACUAAAGCCAAGCCUGGUGCACAGCUGCGCAGCAUCAUUUAUGGUUACGGUGCACGUCCCAGUGAACCUCGUAACUCAGGCGUGGACACAAGCUUUGACAUAAGUUGCAAGGUGUGUCUGCAAGAACUCAAAGCGGCUCCCGUCUAUCGAUCCGUCUCCCGUCGAAGCAGUGAAGUUCUCUCCCCACCUGACAUGUACGCUGACAAUUUAAACAGCCAUCGCGACCGCAAUUUGUACUCUGACCAAUUCCGCGGGCGUCAGGAGGUGUUUUUCGAUCAGUAUCGUACUAAUUGCUACCACAACGACUCGCCUCCAGAUCCUCUGAAUCGCGCCCGCCUCGACUCAACAUCCGAUCCAUACAGAGCUCGCAGUGAGUACGCAAACCAGGGAUACCGUGGGCGCAAUGACUCUCGUGCCGCUGACCAGCUGUACGACAGGCGCAACAAUUCAAAUACUGCUGACCAGCCCUAUCAUGGGCGCAACGAUUUUCCCGCCGCUGACCAGCCAUACCGCGGGCGCAAAGACUCAUCAAACUCCUCUGACCACAUGCCAAAAACUGCUUGCGGGCGCGACCACCAUGACUGCAUGAGUGUGCUAGGGGGCAUCAUCCACAGGCAGGACCAUUUGGUUGAGGGGAUCAAAAGGCUGACGGACGCCAUGGAAGACCAGGAGCAGUCGUCUCUCGCCAGGGAGGAGUGGGUGUACGCCGCGCACGUGAUUGACAGGUUCUGCUUUUACCUGUUUCUUUCACUGCUGUUCACGUCAAUCGUCGUCACUUUCAACAUGAUACCAAGCUAUGACGAUACUUCUCAGAUGUAGGAAUGCAUGAGUUCCUAUCUGGUAUUUAAACUUCAUAGAGAACACGUUGCGUUGCCUAGUGCAAUCAACAUAAUCAAAGUCAUGAUCUUGCGUGACAUAUGUAAUGGUAACGCAUUACUUACUGAAGGAAGGCCAAAUCUGUGCGUGUCUUGUGAUGAAAACUUAAGGUUGUUCUCACUUGGACGUAAGCGCAAGCGGAACGCACGUAGUUUUCCGAUUCUCACUAGAACAUAUUAAGCGCAAGAGAACGCAACUGCUUGAAUUUCUUGCGCUUGCGCUUGUGUUUGACCGAUUCUCACUUGUGUUGCGCUUCCGUUUGCGCUUACGCUUGCGUCCUAGUGAGAACCAACCUUAGCGUAUCUUGUGUCAUGUGACACCACAGUUAAUAUAAUAUCGCGCCAUGCCGAUGCAUAUCUAACUCUAUCAAGGUAAAACCUUUAAAUAAAAAGUCGACAACAACGCAUAUUGCUUUAAAAAAAGAUUUUUCGGCAGGCCAAUACCUGCCCUCUUCGGGUUAAAAAAAAAACACCUCUGCGUUGUUGUCGACUUUUUCUUUUAAAUGUUUUAUUUAAUAAUUAACUGUCGACGUAGACCACAAGGUCCGACGCACUCCAGCAGAUAGAGGCUGUCGGGUGGUUUUCUCCCUACGUUUUUGUAGGUUCGCUCAAGGUAACGCAAUGAUGGGCAAAUCAAGGCUCCAGUGCCACGUCUUUGCCUCUUUGUUCUAGAAACGGCGACUUUUUUCCAACUGUCACAUUUUUGGACAAACCAAGAAAAUAAGAGGAAACCCAAGGCCAUGAUUUUAUACUCAUUUUUUUUAUUAAAAAGCGAACAAUGCACAAAAGGUUUUAUGAGCUGUACACUUGAAACUAUGGUAGGGGAGCCAUGCAGUGAAGUCAGCUUUACAAGUUUUACUUUUUUUUAACAUAGCACACGCAUAACUGUUUUUUAAGGGUCGUUUCCCUCAACAGGAAACUUGUUGCUUUUCGAGUAUCCCGGAGACUUUUUUUUUUUUCAUUUCGUUUCCUGGCCGCUUUUGCUCAUAAGUCUGCCCCAAAUCCUGAUCCCGCUAUUUUUCGCACUAAAAUUUCACAUUUCAGGUGUAUUGUACAUCACAAAAAUAGGGAAAUCUCGGUUCUGUUUAACCCUUUUGGGAUCCAAAAAGAAAGGUCGUUAGUUUGCCAUAAAGAGCAUACAUAAUCAUUUGAAAUGAAAUAAAAUUUUUAGUAUUGGUAUAGUCCAAA